AUGGAGGUCCUCCAAAGGAUUACCCGAGCUCAUCCAAUCCUGCUGUCUGAGGGGGAAGAGGACACUGUUGAAGCUCAAGCAGGUGAUUUGGAGUUGGAGGCUGGGGCAACUGAGGAGGCUGUGAUAGGCUUGUUUCCUGUGAGAAACGUGCAAGAUACUGAUAAUGAACCUGUGGUGAGACCCAAGACCGGUAAAGUUAGUACACCCCGAGGUGAAGCAGAAGAUAUUGUGGUGGGUCAAGAGUUUCUUUUGGAGAUGAAGAAGUUUAUGCAGCAACAACAAAGAAAUGAAAAGAUAUUAUUUGAUGAACUGAAUGGUUUGAAGGCUACUAUUUUCCAGAAACCCAAGACAGGGCAUCAGGGGGAAGAGCCAUGCUGUCAGAACCUCCCCAAACUCAUCCCGAAGACCAUUUGCCAGGUGAGGAUGUGGAGAGCUUCUUUGUACGGAUUCGAACGUAUCGCCAGAACGUGGGGAUGGCAAACCGAGGAGUGGGCAGCCCGAGUGGUAACUCUGUUAACGGGCAAAGCUCUGGAGGCCUAUGCGGGCAUGGACGAACAACGUUCUGGAUCCUAUGCUGACAUCAAAGCUGCGGUGCUGGCCAAGUACAACGUGACUGAGGAGACGUAUCGCCUGCGUUUUAGGAGCCUUACGGUGCCAAUGGGAGAAAGUGUAAGAGAGACCUACAACCGCAUCAAGGGCUUGUAUAAGAGGUGGAUGCGACCCGAAAUGAAGAGCAAGGAACAGCUGGGAGAAACCAUCAUACUGGAACAGUAUCUGCGUGUGUUGCGACCUGACGUGAGAGUGUGGGUCAAAGAGAACCAACCACUGACUGGUGAAGAAGCUGCUAGACUGGCGGAGAGGUACAUGGCGGCACAUCGAGAGCCACCACGAACCAGCAAAGGUACUGUGACUGUGGGCAGGGGUAAAGUUGAGGAGCCUAUAGAUAAGACUAUGGGAGUGCCUGGGAAACAUUCUAAUGCCACUCUGAUUUGUUUUUAUUGCCAGCAACCUGGACAUAAGGCUUCCCUUUGUCCCCUUAAAAAGCCCAAAGUGACUAACAUGUGUUAUGUUCCUAGGAAUGAGUGCAUUGGUGAAUCAUCAACAGCUACUGAGAAACAUAGUCACCUUAUAAUGGUAACGGUAAAUGGUCAGCCGUGCCCAGGCUUUGGUUGA